AUGACACCAAUUCAAAAAAUUGCCGAACCACUCAAGGUGCAUAUAUUAGGUGCCGGUGCUUUGGGGUCUCUUGUGGCCCAUGAUUUGAAAAUGUUUCAGCAGCAGAGGCCCGUGUUGCCAGCACUUUUGCUUCGACCAAAUAAGUCAUCAAUCAAGGAUAGGUUCAUAAGAGUGAAAAGUCCAGAUCAUGUACAUAGAGCAAAGGACUCCUCGGUUGAGGUGCCGGUUGACAAAGCCAAGGAUCUUCAGGGGAAUAGUAUUGAGAAUUUGAUUAUAACUACCAAAUGUUUUCAAACCGAGGCAGCUUUACAACCAUAUAUUGAAAACUUGUCUUCAAAAUCCAAUGUGCUAAUUCUACAAAAUGGGAUGGGGAUGCCCGAUUUUCUCACAAAGAGAUUCUGGGUGAAUAGUUCAAAUUGUCCCAAGUUUUUUGAAGCGAUCACCACCCAUGGUGUUUACGUCGACGAACAUGGAGUAGUAAAUCAUGCGUCAAAGGGAACUUUGCAGAUUAGCAGCAACAAUGGUUUGGCUACAAAUGAGCUUCCAGAGAUGAUUCGUGCAAUUCUAAAUACUCCGAGUUUGAAUGCAGAGUAUGUUGAGUAUCACGAUUUUAUUUUACUUCAGAUGCAGAAGUUGGUUAUCAACUGUUGCAUUAAUCCAUUGUCGGCGAUAUUCGAUGUGCCUAACGGGAAUUUGCUAUACGGAGAGGAUACAAUCAAGCUUUGGAAAUCAAUAAUUACUGAGUGCUUGGAGAUAUUUCAUGUGGAGUAUCCCAUUUUGGAAGAAAUACCGCAAUCAAGGGCCUUUUUGAGCGAAAGUCGGCUUUUGGAUAUAGUGACUUCGGUAUGCCGAUCAACUGCAUUGAAUAGCUCUUCCAUGAGACAAGAUGUUCGGAAUUUAAGAAACACUGAGAUAGACAACUUGAACGGAUACAUUUCUUUCUUGGGGAAAAAACACAACAAGGCAACAUUUACAAAUUCAAUGAUCACGAGUAUGGUGAAGACGAAGUUGGGUAUAGAUAGAGGUGUCGAUAAAGCUGCUGCUGAUGCGAUACUAAGUUUAUAG